AUGAAGACAGAGGACUGCAAUGCUAGUGACAACGAAGAAGACUCGGAUGACGAGACUGGAACGUCCGCUAUUGCCCAGUUUCAAAGUGAAGAUGGAACCAAUGUGGGACCGCAGCUGGAGAUUCCGAUGAGCUCCAACGUCCGUCAGAUGGAGGAGCUGGUGAACGAGCUGCUGCAGAACGGCAAGAACCGUGUGCCGUACUCACUUUUCAUAGGUGAGACGGAGGUGACGACGUCACUCAAGUCUACGGUCGAGGAACUGACUGCGCUGACCAUCACGUUCCAGCCACUGGCGGCAUUCCGUGUGCGUCCGGUCACUCGUUGCAGCGAUACAUUGCAGGGACAUUCGGAGGCUAUUCUGCACGUGAGCUUCAGUCCUGAUGGCAAGAGAUUAGCUAGUGGAGGAGGCGACGCCACCGUGCGCUUCUGGGACACCAACACGUGCAUGCCCAAGCACACUGGUCGUGGUCACAAGAACCACGUGCUGUGUACGGCCUGGUCGCCGGAUGGAACGCGCUUUGCGUCGGCUGAUCGCAAUGGUGAAAUUCGUCUGUGGGAUCCGCUGACAGGUAAGCAGAUCGGUCAGCCCAUGAAGGGCCAUAAGCAGUGGGUGAACUCGCUGACCUGGGAGCCCAUGCACCGCAAUGCCACCUGUGAGCGCUUCGCGAGUUCGUCGAAGGACGGAUCGAUCAAAGUGUGGAACGCUCGUACAGGUCGAUCCAUCGCUUCGUUGUCGGGCCACACGGACUCGGUGGAAUGCAUUAAAUGGGGAGGUGAAGGUCUGCUAUACAGCGCAUCCCGUGACCGAACAAUUAAAGUCUGGGCGAUGGAGGGCGAGCACGUGGGCAAGCUCGUGCGUACACUAACUGGUCAUGGUCACCGUAUCAACACACUGGCACUGAACGUGGACUACGUCUGUCGUUCGGGUCCGUUCGGUCACAACUCCAAGAGCUUCGCGUCGCGUGAGGAGAUGCAGCAGGCAACACUGAAGCGGUACCAGGAGGUGCGUAAGGGCCAACCGGAGCGUCUGGUCUCUGGAUCAGACGACUUCACGCUGUUCUUCUGGGAGCCAUCGGAGAGCAAGAAGCCACUGGCGCGUCUUACAGGCCACCAGCAGCCAGUGAACCACUUGAGCUUCUCGCCCGAUGGACGAUACUUUGCCAGUGCUAGCUUCGACAAAAAAGUUAAGAUCUGGAACGGCCAGACGGGCAAGUUCAUUGCCACACUCACAGGCCACGUCGGCGCUGUGUAUCAGGUAUGUUGGUCCAGCGACGCGCGCUUGAUCGUGACAGCCAGCAAGGACUCGACUGUAAAGGUGUGGGAGCUCAGUGAACCCAAGAACGCCAAGACGACACUGUCAGGUCACGCAGACGAAGUGUAUGCGCUCGAUUGGAGCCCCAACGGCGACAUGGUGGCCUCGGGAAGCAAGGAUCGCACCAUUAAGAUGUACCACUGA